AUGCAGCUGAACCCGGAGAAGUGUGCAUUCAACGCUAAGGCAAGAAAGAUGCUAGGAUAUCUCAUCUCCCGAAGUGGCAUCAAGGCUAAUCCGAGCAAGAUUCAUGCCAUCACAGAAAUGUCACCUCCCACCAAUCCAAAGGAAGUACAACAUUUGGCCAGCCGCCUCGUAGCCCUCAGCUGCUUCCUCACCAAAUCUGCUGAGCCUAGCCUCCCCUUCUUCAAAAUGCUAGGGGGCUUCGAACAAUUCAACUGGACUCCGGCGUGCCAGGUGGUAUUCGAGGCCCUCCAGGCCCACCUUUUCCACCUCGAAACAGUCACGAUACCCCUCCCCGGUGAAGGGCUGCUCUUAUAUUUGUCCGUCUCUACCUCUGCUGUCAACAUCGCGCUGCUGACCUCGUUCGCACCUGCCAAGGAUGCCAGUGGAUGGGACGCUGAAGCCACCAGCCCCCAGCUCCCCCUACAACCAAUUGCUCCCGUCGGGCCCCUGGCUCAUUGGGGCAUGGACCUCAUUGGGCCAUUCCCUUGUGCCAAAGGCAACCUUCAGUACAUGGUGGUAGCAUUGGAAUACUUCUUCAAAUGGGUCAAGGUCGAGCCAAUCACAACGAUCACAUUGAAGAAUGUCCAAAAAUUCUUCUGGAAGAACAUAAUUUGCCACUUCGGUGUUCCAUGA